AUGGUCUCUCAUCGAGGAAGAAGGAAGAGACGCCUGAAGCGACGACGGAGAUCGCACAAGCGUGCAAGGAACAGUCGUGCGAGAAAUCGGGUCGCGCGAAAUCCAUGUUCAAGGCUGCACGAGCACCCGUACAGGACGCGCUCGAAGACGCUUCGUGAGGUGGAAAGGACGACAGAUCGAACGGAAUCUCACGUUCCAUCGAGACGCAGCACGUCCGACAGCAGCGUCGUGUAUCUCGGCUCGUUUCGCAAAAGUCCGCAGCUCAUCACGCUGGAGGACGAGAGCUGCUCCGAGAUCUCCGAGAGAGUCGUUCAGCCGAGAACAUGGACCAGCGUGAAGAGCGAAAGUGUAACGUCGUUCCCCAAAUGUCGACGAUACGUCGACUUAGAGGCGGAUCCUGAGGACGUCUGAGAAGCAAGUAGGACAUCUUCCAGACGUCUCUGAGACGAUCUUUCAGACACCUCAAGCUGUUUAAUUUAAUUGUAUCGUUCGUAUCGAUUAGAAAAUCUCCUCCAACGCCCCGUCUUCCCGUUGCGUUAGAACGUGAAACGUAAAACAUAACGCGAUGAUAAAUAAUUUCGUGGAACUGAUUGGACAGAAUUGAGAAUACCUCUUGAGAACAAAAAGCACGCAACUAUCGAA